AUGACGUCGAUUUGUUUUCGUGCUAUCAUCAUCUUUUUUUCACUAGCGUGCUUAAUACUUUCAUGUUUUGCAAUUGCUGGAUCUUACAAGAAUGCCAAUUAUUUAACAUCAACAUACUUAAUCAAUUUUCAUUUAGAUGGCUUAGACUUGAGACAAAUCAUUAGCACAUCGAUUGGUUCGGGAAGCAGGAAAAUAAAGAGGGCAGAUACUACUGCAACUGCUACUGCUACAGUUAGUACUGGCACCACAUUUUCAACCUCGUCAAAUACUGGUUUAGCAACUACAGUAGCUUCUCAAGUGGAAGCAUGGGCUAACGCAGCUUCAGGUUUGACUUCUUCUUCUACCACAGAUGCCUCGGACAUAAUUUCUGCCAUUGCUGAUGUUUUGGAUAACCUUUCGGCGCUGGAGUUGGGUCUUGCCGAUGUAUAUUCGACUAGUUUUUGGGGAUAUUGCCGUGGUGAAAAAACUGGAAACAGUACAACAGCAACCACUUCUUCUUCUUCUUCUUCUUCUUCAACAUCGUCAUCGUCGAACAGCUCGGUAUUAAAAUGGAUGGACAAUAAUUUUGAUAAUUCAGAUGUCAAUUAUACAUGGUGUUCAGCACCAAAAGUUGGGUUUUUCUUUGAUCCAGUGGAGAUACUAAAGGAGGAAUUGAAUAGAACUAUCGAUGGUAAAAGUGUCGACUCACAAUCAGAUGAUAUUAGUCAGUUAUCUCAAACAUACAAGAGUGAGUUGAAACAGUUGAUUGAUAAUUUAUCUCUUCUGGAUUUGAACUUGCCGGGUAAUUUGCAAAAUGACUUAAAGACUCUCAACAACUUAACCAAAGCGGGUUUUGCGUUGAUGAUAAUAACGUCGGUGUUGUCAUUCAUAUCUAUUGUCGUGCAAUUGAUGGGCUGUUGUGUAUCUCCCGAUAAUUGUUGCUUGUCGUUUCUCAACUUCAUGUUGCAAGUGCUAGUAUUUCUAGCAGCAAUCAUAGGGGCAGGAUUAGUAACUGGCUGUUAUGUGUUUGUUAGAAAGCAGAUUAAUAACAAUUUGAGUGAAUUCGGAAUCAAAUCGUUCUUGUCUAUAAAUUUCUAUGCGUUUGCAUUUUCAGCUGCGGUGGCGGCAUUAUUAGUGGUGAUUUUCAGCCUUUUGGGCCAUUGUUGUGGAAUUUGUGGUGGUAGAAGGGUAGGAAGGGGAAGGGGAAGGUAUAGAGCAGCCAGACAAGAUGCUCCUGCUGCUUAUGAGCAUUACCAUGAAGUUGAAAAGUAA